AUGGCCAUGCGAGCACAGAAGAUGGGGUGUGCUUGGGGUGGGCUUUGCCUGCUGCUCUCCCUCCUCCUCCAGCUGCCGGGCUCCCAGGCCAAAUGCUACUUCCAGGCUAAAGCUCCCUGUGAGUAUGACGGGAAGAAGUUCUCCCUCGGGGAGUCGUGGCUGAGCACCAACUGCCUGCUCUGCACCUGCCUGCACCCCAUCGGCGUGGGCUGCUGUGAGACCACCCAGCACCCCAUCGACUUCCCCGACUGGUGCGAAGCCCACUACGACUCGCAGACCUGCCAGAUCUCGGUGGUGCAGAAGGCCAACCCCAGCCUGCCUUGCGUGAAGAGCAUGGAGCACGAGUGGGGCUCGGCCGGCACCCCCGAGCCGCUGAGCAACAAGGUGCUGGGCACGGGGCUGAGCAGAUAG